CAAGCAUCCGGCUGACCUACGGGGUGUUACGUUUUUUUCACGACUUUUGUGAAUGCUUCACUCAUUGUAGCUAUAACCUUUAACAUGGAUAUUAAAUGUUAGCCUACUAGUACAGAAUAGAAGUUUCAUAGUUGAACUAUAUAGACAGCCCUUCUCCCAUUUCGUAUUUACUUGAUUGGACCCAGACUGAGCGCUCCUGAAUUUGCGUAGCUACUCCGAAGAGGAAAAAAACGUUUAUAGUCCCGUCGACUUUAGUACUCAUCUUCAUGCCGGACAAGUUUCAUGUGUGGUGAGCGCAAAUCUGACGCGAUGUAGGUUAUGUUCUAUAUUUCAGUAUACAUAGCCAACAUUUUCUAUCUUAAUCUGUAAAUAAAAGAACUGCAUUUUCGUUUUAAACGUUUGGUAAGUACAUGCGGUUUACCCUACAAACUUGUUAGUUUUUAAUUAAAUUACGCACUAGGCUAAGGUUUGACCUAUAUGUUGCUGAAACGUUAUAAAACGGAAAUGUGCAUGUUAAUUCUUAAUAAAGAACCAUUCGUUGUUCUCAUAUUUAUUUUUUAAACUCUGAAGAUAUUGUGAACGCCUGUUUUUCACCAUGGAUAUUCCCGUUGGAUUAGGAGGAGUUUGUGACUCCCCAAACAUAGUUUUUCGCGGAUCUUACCAAAACGUUUUCCACAACGUGCCAGUGACACUGCCGAGUAAUACGACUGUCACCGAAAGCUUGGACUUUUCUUGUUCAAAUUACAGUUUCUUACAGAAUAAACACCCCUGGGAGAUGCGCCAAGUUAACCGUCAAUCACCCCGAAAAGAAAUAUUGCCAGGGACAGCUUUCGAUUCUGAAGCUGAAGUAAAGGAGGACAGCGUUGGUUUUACCAGAACACUCGAAGUGGAGGCAAGUCGUAAUCAUUUUGUACAAAGCUCAACAGGACAAAAUGCCGAGCCUUUCUCUGUGAACGAAUCAGACAAUGCAAACGCGAAUGGAUACGGAUACAGUCAAUCUGGACCGCACUUUUGCAACACAGAACAACCAGCUGUGUCCCAUCACGAAAGGGAAUUAACUCCUAACAGUGACGCCGGUGUGCCGAACAAUUGCUCAAAUUCUGCUUGUUCCACCAUCUCGGAAACCGCUAGAGAGCUCUGUAAAGCUGUCUCUGUGUCGCUAGGAUUGACCAUGGACACGAAUGAGAUGAGUGACCAGGGACCGACUGCAUCAUCCAGUGUAAAUGACCAAAGUCAAAUAAACUAUUUGUUUGAGGUGCCGCUACUGAAUUGUUCGACGGGAGCAUGUGAAAACGUCUCGGUUACAGAAUAUACACGCCCUAGUGAGCGCAAUGCCAGAUCACUACAAAGUGAUAGAGAACCAAUUGAUAUGUUUAAAACUUGCCCCACAAACGACUUUACAGAAGACGUAGCGACUAUGCAGCACUUUAACUCCGGACAUCCAUCCACAGACGAACCGGAAUUUAGACCGAAUGAAAAAAGUGAUCUCGCGACUUCAAAAGAAUCUGACCAUACUCUGAAUACAGUAGGGCGCUCUUUGUCUUGUCAUUUUGACCUACCACCAGCACAGUUCAGUCAAAACGACUCUGAUAGAAACUCGUCUGAUGUGUUCUACAGACCCUCUGUACCUGUUGGUGAAACUGGAGGGACUAUGGAGGACAAAUAUGCCGACUACCUACAUCAACAGUACAGCGUCAAAAUUAAAUCUGAAGCGGUCAGUAAUGACACUGCUGGAACGUCAUGGGGCUUUCCGUACAGGUAUAAUGACAAUCGCGAGACACACUAUGGACCCUCAAGGCAGGGUAUAAACCCAUACAGUACGGAAUCGGACUCUGCGUUCAUUUGUAACCCCUAUGAGUAUGAGAAGGGAGGGGACCUCUUGCGCAGAGAGCGGCCAAAUCCUGAACAGUGGUACCCGGGCGGGAUGCUAGGGAGAAUGCCCUAUCCCAACUCCCAGUGCGUAAAGAACGAGGUCGGUGACUGGCUUGAUGUCCCUUACACUGAUGCCAGGUUUGAGGGCAACAGAGACCACAUGUUCCCCAUGGAGUUCUUCUUCCCACCCCAGAGGACCUGUCUAAUCUGUGCAGAUGAGGCAUCCGGCUGCCACUAUGGAGCACUCACCUGUGGCAGCUGCAAAGUGUUCUUCAAGAGAGCUGCAGAAGCACGUAAACUGAAGAAGAUUGGACAACUAAAGAACCCGGAGGAGGAUCUAUCCAAUCAAGGCCCCACUGAUGCCAUCCAGUGCUUUUCUCCCCAUUCUGGCCUGAGCAUCCAUUCCCAGCUGGUGUUCCUCAACAUCUUGGAAUCAAUUGAGCCAGAAGUGGUUAAUGCGGGACAUGACCAUGGCCAGCCAGACUCCUCUGCAGCGCUGCUUACCAGCCUCAAUGAACUAGGGGAACGCCAACUGGUCAAAGUGGUGAAGUGGGCUAAAGGCUUGCCAGGUUUUCGUAAUCUGCAUGUGGAUGACCAGAUGGCAGUCAUCCAACAUUCAUGGAUGGGCGUGAUGGUGUUUGGCUUGGGAUGGAGGUCCUACAAGAAUGUCAAUGCCAGAAUGCUUUACUUCGCACCAGAUCUUGUUUUCAAUGACCGUCGGAUGCAUAUCUCCAGCAUGUUUGAGCACUGCAUCCGGAUGAGACAUCUCUCUCAGGAGUUUGUGCUGCUGCAAGUCACUCAGGAAGAGUUCCUCUGCAUGAAAGCCCUGCUCCUCUUCAGCAUCAUUCCCGUUGAUGGUCUUAAAAGUCAGAAGUACUUUGAUGAAUUGCGGCUGACCUACAUCAAUGAACUGGACCGUGUCAUUAACUAUGGAAGGAAGUCCAACUGCUCUCAGAGGUUCUACCAACUCACCCGUCUCAUGGAUUCCCUUCAACCGAUUGUGAGGAAACUACAGCAGUUUACUUUUGAUCUGUUUGUUCAGGCUCAGUCACUGCCCACCAAGGUCAACUUUCCAGAGAUGAUUGCUGAGAUAAUCUCAGUGCAUGUGCCAAAGAUCCUGGCAGGCUUGGCCAAACCUAUCCUAUUCCACAAGUAGCAGGAUUUGCAAUCAUCCAAGAAAAUCUGAUUUUAUCCAAGUUGCCUCUGUAGACUUCAUCUAAGGCUCUGUGGUUUUCCCCUUCUUUUUUCAUCCUUUGCUAUCUUUCUUUAGUCUAAAUGCUCAAUGUACCAUUUUAAAAACCCUUACAUCAUUACAGCACUUCAGUCACUUAUCCAACAUAAUUUUCAUAAUUUUCUCCAAAGGGCAUCAAUAUUCUAGCAUUUAUGUGAAGAAUUGGCAGGUGUCACCAUGUUGACGGCCCUUACUGCCCUAUAUUUCAAGAAAAAGUCUGAAGUUACCUGAAUAAAGACAAAACUAAACAAAUGUAUAAACAGUUGAACAUAUCUAUGCUUAUAUUUGCUUUCAGAUUGUUCAUGAGAGUUAUGUAAACUAUUUUUAUCAAAAGGAACAUGGAAAUAGUCGUUUUUACAUACUCUCAUAGGGCGUAGCAAUGAGUUGGGAGGAUCAAUUUACCUGCUUCUGACAUUGGUGGCCCCCAUGUUUCUCUGCACUUGCAGUAUCAACUACAUUUGUUGAACAGUACAUACCACUUUCUUGUUUGCUAUUUAGGCAGUGAACAAAAAAUUAUUCUCAUGGUCCUGUCAUACCAUCAUCUGUUAAUGGGAAAUGUUUGAAUAAUUCUCCCUAAAGUGACUAAUUACAGACAGAGAGAGCAAGACAAUUGUGUAUAAUAACUUUUCAAACAUAUUGAAAAUGGCAGGUAGCCUAGCAGUUAGAAUGCAGGACCACAAACUGGAAGGCAAACAAACUGUCAGUGUGCCCUUGAGCAAGAGACCUGGGUUUGCUUCUCACUCCCUCUAAAUACAAUUAUAUUUAGAUAUGUUGUAAUAUCAAACCUGCUAUAUUUUUUGUCCCUGCAUGUGAUUUCAAAGAACUCUUACUUCACACAUGAUGAAAAUAUGCCCAGGUUAGUUGGUCAAACUGAACAUACUCAUACUCUCUCAAAAUGCUUUUUCUAAGAUUUUCAUUGCCUGAAUAUUUAUGGCAUUUCUUACGUUAUUAUCAAAACUCAAUAAGAUGCACGCUACACAUGAUUGAAGACAUUAGAAUGCUUCAAUCAUUAUUAAAUACAAUGCAUGCCAAAUUUGUUUGUAAUUGUAGGUGUACAUUUGGCAAGUUCAGAUCAACUAUGAUAGUUAUUGUGUUCAGACUAAUCUCUUAACUACCAUUCUACCUGUGAAAGCAUGUUAACACUGUAUCAGUUUAUAGUCAAAUGUUUCUGUUAUUUUCCAGAUGAUCCAUUCAUAUCUUGCAGUUACUGUAAAUACCAAAACAGGGUUAUUGCUGUUGUUUCACUUGCAUAAAAUGCUUUAUCAAAGUAACAUACGUUACACCAAAAAUAUUACUUUAUAUACAAUAAUAUAUUCAGUACAGUCCAUAAGUAUUUGGAUAGUGAACAAAUUUGUCUCCGCACUCCAUAACAUUGGAUUUGAGAGGUUAAAGUGCAGAUUGUCAACUUUCAUUUGAGGAAAUUAACAUAAACUGUUCACAGUGUAGGAAGUACAGCCCUUUUUAUACUUAGUACACCCUCAUUUUUCGGGACAAAAUGUAAUCGGAUGAAUUAACAAUCUUUCCAAAAUGUGUUAGUUGCAAAUUCUUUGCAUUCGACCCAUAAACAUCACCAUACGCUGGGUAUCUUUCCUGGUGUUGCUAUGGCCGGCCUCUACUGCAACAUCUUUUGUUCUUGUUUGUUUUAGGGGAAAGUUUGCCUUCAUUCUCAUCUUAAAGGAAGUGAUGCGCAUGCGCAGUUGGACUCAUUUCAGGUGAUCGACUUGGCCACUCCUUCUACUCAUUCUAACAUUCUAAAAUGUUUGGCCUUGAAAAACUCCUUGGUUGCUUUAGCAGUAUAUGGUUCAUUGUCCUGCUGCAAGGUAAAGUGCCAUCCCAUGAGUUUUGAGGCAUCUGGUUGUGUCUGAGGAGACGAUUUCAGUACUCUUCAGAAUUCAUCCUACUGCUGCUGUCAGUAGUUAUAUCCUCAAUGAAAACUAGUGAGCUAGUUUCAGUGGCAGACAUACAUGCCAAAAACAAAACAUCCCUUCCACCUUAUUUCACAGAUAAGUUAGUAAGCCAGUUCACUUUUUUCCCCCACACUUUCCUUUUGCCGUCACACAGGUACAUGUUAGUAUUUGUCUCUUCUGUCCACAAUACCUUUUUCCGAAACUCUGCAGUCUUGGUAUUUUUAGGCCAUUCUGUUUUUGAGCCUCUGUAGUUUGGCUGGUGAGGACCUCUGCAAAUGGAAGUGGCUUUUACAUCCAUGCAUACCUCUUGGAGAGAGUUCCUGAUCUGUUAAACGGGUCUACAAUGUUUAUUCUUCAUUAUGUUGUGUUUCUUCUUUAUGUAUUUGGUUAUCUGCUGUAUUGGACUUCAUUGGUCUAGUAGGUCAUUUGCCAUAGCUGAGUUAACCAGUUCUUUCUUUUUCUUAAUGUACCAAACAGUUAAUGUUGACAUACCUAAUUAUUUGGCUAUGUUUUCUGAUCAAUUGAUUCUGAAAUACCUGCCUCAUGAUGGCCUGCUUGACUUGCACUGACACUUCUUUGGUCCUCCUGUUGUAAGCACACAAGGAAAUUUCUAAUUAAAACAGUUGCGAAUCCAAUUGUCCAAAUACUUUUGGUACUCUUAAACUUGGGGAAUAUGUACAAAAGGAGCUUUUGUUUCUAAAUUGUUUAUUUAAUAUGUAUAUCUAAAAAAUAAUUGUGUUCUCAACAUCUGGUGAUCCUCGAGAUUGUGUGAAGAAAAAUGUAUUUGCUGUGGAUAAACUUGAAGGACUAAAUAUGCUGGAGAAGAAAGGGGUUGUCAGAAUACACUUUGCGUUUGACAGCAACAAGCACUAUGCUAUUACUUACCUAUUUAAAAAAAAAUAAACAUAGCUGCUUAAUUACAAUAUGUAUGGCACCAGACUGAAAUCAAGGCCAAGACUUCUGUGCUUGAUAGAACAUUUUAAUUUUGUCUAUAUAUAGGCCACACCAAACUAACAACAUUUAAUAAUUACUGUAAUCAAUUAGUGUUACACUACAAUGCUUAAAAAAUGGCAUGAAUUAAUUUUCAUUCUACACCAUAAAAAGGUCAGAGGACAAAUAAAGACAGAACUUGAGGACAGUACUCUUUCUUGUUGUUGUUUUAUCAUUAUCUUUAUAAAUAGCAAUAACAUUCCUCGUUCACAACUGUUGCACUUAUUCUUAGGUGUAUGCAUGUGAUGCAUGCAAAAAUGUAAGCUUUACAACUCCAGCCUAUCCUGGGCAUGCAGAAAACAAGUUAAUAGUGCUCUUACUAGCUCUUCAAUAGCUUUUGCAUAAAUCUAAACCAAUUUUAUACAUUGUGACAUGAGCCUCUCUAUAAUGAAUAUUACUGUCAAUUUAUACCAUAAUCAAAUGCAUUUAUACAAAUGUUGCUUGUUUUUGUUGUGACAAACUUUUGUUAUUGGCCACCAUGAGUCUUGUAAACGUAUUGCAAUAAUCUAAAGAAAUCCCUCCUAGAGGUUCAGUUAUUCGCAGUUAGUGAUGUGUGUCUCUUAAAGAUAACUCAUGAAUACAUUUUAAUGUUUUUGUUGAGGCGGUUUAAGUUGCGUGGUGUUAGUGGGCCAAUAAACAUUGUACUGAGUUUUGUGAGA